AGGCAUGCGUAACAGGAGCAUGGAUGAAAGAAGUCUAUGACAGCAGUCAGCCGUCAUUUAUCAACAAUUUCACUGAACUUUCACUGUUAAUUUGUCAUUAAAGUGUUCGUGAAAUACACGAUAAUAAAUAUAUUUUUAAAUAAUGUCAACAAAUGAACAAAAAGCUCAGCAAUUAAUUGCUGAAGCAGAGAAGAAAUUAGGCCCGAGAGGAUUUUUUGGUUCGCUAUUCGGUGGUUCUAAUCGUCUCGAAGAUGCUGUGGAAUGUUUUCAACGUGCUGCUAAUUUAUUUAAAAUGGGCAAGAGUUGGUCUUCAGCUGGUAGUGCUUUCUGUGAAGCAGCCAACUUACAUUUGCGGAGUGGAUCUCGACAUGAGGCUGCUACGAACUAUGUUGAUGCUGCCAAUUGCUAUAAAAAAUCCGACAUUAAUGAAGCCGUUAAUUGCCUGUUAAAAGCAAUAGAAAUUUAUACGGAUAUGGGUAAAUUUACUAUGGCCGCAAAACAUCAUCAAACUAUUGCUGAAAUGUAUGAAAGUGAAGCGGUUGAUCUGGAAAAAUCUGUUCAACAUUAUGAACAAGCUGCUGAUUAUUUUAGAGGGGAAGAAAGUAAUGCAUCGGCCAAUAAAUGUUUAUUGAAAGUUGCUCAGUAUGCUGCUCAGUUGGAAAAUUAUGAAAAAGCCAUACAAAUAUACCAAGAAGUAGCUACCUCAGCAUUAGAAAGUUCCUUACUUAAAUAUAGUGCAAAGGAAUAUUUGUUUAGAGCUGCUCUAUGCCAUCUGUGUGUUGAUGUUUUGAAUUCACAACAUGCUUUGGAAAGAUAUAUUCAACAAUACCCAGCUUUUCAGGAUUCCAGAGAAUACAAACUUGUUAAGACAUUGAUUGAUCAUAUUGAAGAGCAAAACGUAGAUGGUUAUACUGAAGCUGUAAAGGAAUAUGAUUCAAUUUCACGUUUAGAUCAGUGGUAUACAACGAUUUUACUUAGAAUUAAAAAGCAACUGAAUGAAAACCCUGACUUGCGUUAAAUCUUAACAUUUUAUGGAUUUGAACUUGUUAAUUAAUUAUAUAUUUUAUUUAUUGUUAAUUUAGGGUAUAGUUUUACUUCAUAAACCUAUAUUAAUGGUUACUGUGAUUAGGUUACAUUUAUUUUUGUAAAUGUUCUUCCAAUGUUUUUCGGUUCUUUUCCAUAAGUAAUUCUAUAUAAUGAGUUAGCUAAUUUAAUUAAUAUGAUAUAGUGUAUUUAGAACCAAAUGCAUUUUAUCAUGUUUGGAGUAAAAUUGUAUUUUACACAUUUGCUAACUGCUGCGAAGUAUUCUUCGAGAUAAUAUUUUUAAUUGAAAAUGUUGAAAUUGAUGCUUUGUGCUAUGUACUUCAUUUCAACUGAUAUAAUUUUGUUAAUGAUUUUUUAUAUAACAGCUUCUAGACAGUAGAUAUAUAGUAAUUCAAGUUCUUUAAUGUAAAAUUUAUAUAUUCAUUCGUUUAAGGACCCAAACUUUACCGUUUUACUUUCAGAGUACCUACAUUAAUAAAUAAUUUUUUAUUAUAAGUAAUUCGUGGGUUUACAAUAAAACUGAUUUUAUUCCUUUUAUUGUCAUUGUGUCUAAGCUAGGGUUUAAAGCUAAUUAAUAUUGUAUAUCACUAAUGAAAUAUUCAAUUUUUGAACGUGUACUUGACAUAUUUCCAGUUUUGUAAUAUCCAUUACUAGUUUAAUAUAAGUAGCACCAUUUUAAUAUUUCUAAUAAUUAGAAUUAGGGAAACUGCAAAUUAAUGAACAUUAUGGUAUCUUAGCAAAAAAGCAAACUUGUAUUUCUAAUCAUGUGUUGUAGCCUCGUGUGUAUUAGAAUUACAGGAUCAUGUAGUGAUUCAUUGAAAGACAUCAGUUUAUGCUGUAUAUAAUCGUAAGCGAUAAAAUAAAAAUUCCAUUUGGAAAUA